UGCCUUGAGUUUCCGUAUAAUGGCAGAUAAUAUGAUCGAUUGAGCUGCAUAUUACACGACACGGGUCAUCCAUUUAACCUGUACAUUUUACCUCAAGAUCGGUCAUAGGUUGCGUUUAUGAUUAGUGCUAAUCUGUCGAGCGCAGUAAGUACGUGAGCCGCUCCGUCCGUCGGCGCAUGAUCGAGCAUCCAGUCGCCGUCGCCCGGCGUCAGUACCUCCGCCGCCCUCACCGACGCCACACGCAUCUCGCUCACCGUUUCGCCCACUCUGGGAACAUCACUAAUAAUGACUGACACCACCCCCGAAAAGGUGUCCCCGAACAAGUGAAGGGCGAUAACCCUCCGUUCUAAAGUUAUGGCCGGAUCGCGCGUUCUAUUCGCGAACGAUUUAAAAUCCGACAGUUUAUAGUGGUUUUAUUUGUUUGUGUGAAACGGACGUUUAGUAGGAUUGCAGCGGAAACAACGAUCCUCGAAAUAAUAAAUUUUAAAGGAGAAUAUAUUACUAUUCAAAAUGAUACAAGACAGCGAAAACUUGGCACUGCCCGAGCGAAUUGCCGCUUUCAAGAGCGACCCGGAGAAAGUUCGGGAGGCCACUGAAUUUGUAGACCAACUGAUACAGCAAGCAAAGAAAGAGGCUGAACUUAAACAAAAAGAGAAAGACAGAAGUAAAUUCGAAUCACAAGAUGCCGGUUCGGGUAAUUUGAAGAGGCGACUGGGGCGUGCGCGCGGUUUUGUGCUGCGCAUGUUUGAUGCUUUAUGCAACUGUACGCAAACCGCCGCCGCUGCCGCUCGCACCACGGCUCGAAACAACCCGUUCACUAAGCGUUAACCCGAUCACAUCUCACUUUGAUAAAUCUCGUAGUAGGGGUCACGGACCCUCAGAUUUCGGUUAUUUAAUAUCGACUUAUAAAGGUUGGUUUGGAUUAAAAAGAUUUGUGGUUUAUUGAUUUUUCUCUUACAACUUGAUUAAUUCUCGGUUGGCUCUAGACAGCUUUUUGACAGAUAAUUGUUUGGAGCGAUACAAUUAUCAUUUGUGAGACUAAAAUAUCAGUUGUAUAAUAUUUAACGUUAUCAACGUUUUAAUUUACUUUGAAUAUAAUGAUAUCAAAGAUAAAAUACAUGGCAUAGGUAAUCCCCUGCAUGGUAGGGUAACCAAAGAGGUUGAAGAUCGAUCAUCAUACAGAUCUAAUUUAAGCGUAAUCUAUAUUAGUGUCCUCAAUACGUGUUAUAAACCCAAUAUCAUAGGUAUUAAUGUUAUGUAUAAAACAUUUCGAUGUCAAAAUCAACAUAAUCUAAAUCAGAAAAAUCAAUUUACUAAGUAGGUAUAUACAAACGUGAUUGUCGUGUUACCAAAGAUAUUUAGACAGUAUAUAUGUGAUUAAUUAAAAUACCGUCAUCAUAUCCACGGAUUUGUAAUUGGAAAACCCUUAUUCAUAAAAAAUAUAACGUUCGUUAAUUAAAUGUAACCCAAUACCGAGUGAGGGAUGAAAUCGUGUGAGGUGUGCAAAUAAUGAUGUGGGUGUAAAGUAUUUUGGGCAACGGCGAAAAUUAAACGUGAGUAUUAUAGACUGUCCCCGUAUCAGACGGGGAUGUAUUACAAGUGGAGUGGAAUGAAGAUAAGGCAAUAAAUUCAAGGCUCUAAACCAAUUUCUUCUCAUAUCAAAAUGAAGGCCGAAUUUUUUUUGCCAUUCUACGACGACGGAAGAAACUGAAUAUGGAUCUUUACACAAAAGUAUUGCGUGAUAGUUUGUAAGAAAGCAUGUAGGAAUGCAGGGUUAAAGACCAUCAUAAUAUCCAGCACCAACUUAAAACAAAGAAGGUUUCAAAAUGACUUUUCUCAAUCCUUUAAAUACAGAAAACCAAAGAAAACUCUGUCCACAGUUGGACACAGCUUAUGUCGACUUAUGAAUAAGGGAUCUUGAAUGCAUAUUUCUAUUGGCAUAUUCUUAUAAUAUUAUCUGGUGUUCCCAAAGUAGUACUUUCUAAAUACAAGUAGAGGACCUAUUAAUUUCCUAAUUAAACCUUAGUCUUCCUAGUCUCCAAAACGGUGUAACAUGGUGUUAUGUGAUUGGUGUUAAUACGCUUAUAGACAUAAGGUGUACUUUAGUAAUACAUAUAAUAUUAAUAUCUGGAUAAAUGUAUGUACUGUAAAGUUUAAUGCAUUUUUCGAUGUCUCUAUUUACGAAGACGCGUGGAUUUUUAAGUAAUGCUCGUUGAAAAUAGUUCGGUUUAGUGGAGAAUUGAAGCGAUUUUUGUUGCUAUCAAUUUUUAUAUUUUGUAAUGCUGUGCGGUUAAUCUCUACCAUCUCAAGUCUCUAUCAUGUCCUAAUCGUCGGACAAUUUUCACAACAACAAAAAAAGGUUUAUUUUGUUAUUUAGGGAUUGUGCAACAAGAGGUACUUACAAUCAUUCAUGACAUACAUGUGCAUAUAAAUGUGUUCGUCGAUUAUUUCGUUCAAGCAUUUCAUACAAAAAUAUAGCGUGCAAGAUCGACGCGUUUUCGUAAUUUUAUAAAAACUAUACGUAGAUACGAGUCUAUACUCCAUGUAUAAACUAUUUAUAACUAUAAUCUUCGAUGUUUUUUUUUCUAAAAUUGAUAUUGUACCACUUUAUUUUAGGAACAAAAAUAUAAUUAUGUACCUACAUAUAUCGAAUGUAUUUUUACCUGUCAUACCUAUAAGUAUAUAACUUUUGUACGUCUAUAAAAUAUAAAUUAUUUAUACCUAUAUUAAAUAUUUUAUACCUACUAUCUACUACGAAAGGAAUUUGAUAAUGUCUGUACUGGGAAUUGAGUUUUUACUGAUCUGGAAUUUUAUGCAAUGAAAUUUUGACUUCGAUAAUAGCAUGGAAUAAUUUUAUGACCAUUUUUUUGCUGCAAUUAUAUAUAUAAUAAUAAAAACACAAGCACAAACGAAAGCGCAAAUAAGUCUUACUUUUGUAAUUAAGUGUAUUUAUUAUUCAAUAGUUUUAUAAAAAAUAAAUUUUCUUAAUUGUUUAGAUUAUAAUCUGUGUCUCAAAACGUGGCUAUCCCUCUUUUCUAUAGGAAUUAAAUUAAAAAAAAACGUAGUAAUGAAACCUCGAAAAUAUGAGAGAAGCAUACACACUUAUGUAAGUACAUUGUAAAAUAUAUUUUACAAGAUGGAUGAAUAAAAAAUUUAAUAUAUUUUCUGUGUAAAGUUUCAGUAGUUGAUGUUCACAAUUAAAUUAAGUGUUUAAAGAUAAAUGUUCAAUGUGAUAUCCUGCCUGUAACCUUACUUCUGGUGUGAUUCUACAGAUAACUUCUUCUAAAAAAAUAAAAUGAUUUUAUAAUGUA